UUUAAAAUAUGUAACUAAAACAAGAUGAAUUUAAUUUUACCGUAUUACCUACAUAAUGUUGUACUGGAGUGGAAACAAUUAUUUUACACAAUGGGAAGGCUUAAAAAGCAAAUGGGCCAUGGAUGACGUUUGGUAACUUGAUCGAUCGCAGACAGAAAAGAACAAAGGAAAAGAUGUAUGCUACAAUUUUGUUUCAAUGGGCAUUCUCUUCACUCUACCGUCUUCUACAUUCGUGCUCUUCAGUUCAGAUAACACAACUCUUGAUAGAAUAAUGACAGAAACUGAGAUUUCGAUAAUGGGCAGUUUAUCUUCUGCCAGUCCGAUGAUAGUCAUGCCAUUCUGCGGAUACGUAUUAGAUAAAAUUGGCAGAAAGCGCUGUCUGAUGCUUUUCACUUUACCGCAGGUGCUAGGUUGGAUGUUACUUGUUAUUUUUAACAAAGUGGAGGCUGUCAUAUGUUCAAUGUUUAUGUGUGGUCUGAGUGGUCCUCUAUAUCUAGUUGCACCAGUUUACAUAAACGAGUAUUGCGAAAAAUCUAUCAGGGGAUCAAUGACAACAUAUGUAUUGAUUUCUUAUAUUGUGGGGACGAUGGUUUCCUACCUUAUGGGAGGAUUUUUAGAGUACAGAGCCAUAGCUUACUCUGGCCUAUCUAUCAGUAUAUUUGGACUAGCCAUAGAAUGUUUCAUGAAGGAGUCGCCUAUAAAUUUAAUGAUGAAAGGCCGUGAAGAGGAGGCUGCAGAAGCUGUUGCUUUUUUUAAAAGUUGUGAUGUGAAUUCCAAAGAAGUUAUCGAAGAGAUCGGAAACAUAAGAAGAAUUAUUAGCUUGGACAUCGAAAAAAUCGAAGCUAUACCCGAAGAGGAGAAAUUGAGACCACAAGAGAAUAAAAAUGACAAAUUAUCCGUGUGGAAGUAUUUGAUUGUAUCCCGAUCGACUCGCCGCGCGCUUGUAAUCUCCAUGCUUCUUUUCGUCACAUGUUUGUCCCAAGGAGGUGUGAUAGUUCAAAUGUUUGCUGAACCUUUGUUCAAAGUGGCCGUGCCAAACAUUUCAGCAACACUAGCAAGCGUUUUAUUUGCCCUUGUAUCAAUCGCAGCUGGUUUGUAUGCAGCGCAUUUGGUUGAACGAGUUGGACGAAGGAUGCUAGUAAUAGUUGCAUCACUGUUGAACGGUUUUUGUUGCGCGGUGUUGGGUACACAACUCCACUUUCUCUGGGGUCCUGGAUGGCUCACAGUAGUUUUUAUGCUCGUAUAUGCUGUGAAUUAUACACUUGGAGCUGGAACUAUACCUAACAUUUUGGUUGGUGAAAUAUUUUUACCUGAGAUUAAAAGUCUAGCGACUACGUUUUGCACGGAAUGGCUAUUUUUCGUCAGCUUUAUAUUGCUUUAUAUUUUUCCACUACUGUUGAAUAAGAUUGGACUGGGACUAAUAUUUUUUAUAUUUUCCGGAUUUUCUUUCGCAUCUACUAUAUUUAGCUUCAUAUAUGUACCCGAGACGAAAGGUAUUGAAGUCGAUGAAAUACAAAGAAGAUUCUUGAAGAUAAAAUGACGAUUCGGAGUAUUAAAUAGCAUAAUAUAUGAAUAGCAUAAUAUAUGAAUAGUGAACUGAACUUGUCUUACAGUCUGUAUGUCUAGUUAAUAUAAAAAAAAAUAGGUUAACAUAAAAUCUCUUGUUUGAUUAUUUAUUGUUAUUAGCUUUAAUAAGCUGAGAGUCAUACGCAAACGUAUUUACCCAGAUUUGAAAUUUAAUAUAAUUAACUAGAAGAUAGUAUGUGAUGAUAAGAUUUAAUUUGUUUUGUAAAGUAAUUAUUAUGUAUCAAAAAUGUAGUAUUUAAUUCAAAUUUAAAAGAAAAGCGAACAAGUUUAGACACGAGUGUGUUGAUGUCAAUCUAAGUAACCAAUAACCCUUCAUAUUGUUAGUUAAAUUCAUAAAUUUCGCCAGCUUCCACGGCAUUAUUCAUAAAAAUAUAAUUUUGUCAUACCCAAGAAAAUUAAGAAUAUUCCUAUGUAAUUGUGUAGUUAUAAAAAAUAUUUUAUUUAAA